AAUAACAAACAAACGCAUCCCGAUCUCAAAUCCUUCUCUUGUUACUAUGUCAAACACACCUUCACAAACCACAACCCUGGCCCUUGGACAUGCUCAAGGGUCAUUUCUUCUCCCAGUAGGCAGUAGCCAGCAAAUUCUUUGGGCCUUUGAAUUUUUCUGCUUAUUUUAAAAAGAAAGAAAACAAAAAAUUGUUGUUCUUCUUUUAGUAUAAAAGGAAAUCCAAAGUAUCAUCAGGUACAUCAGAUUCUUUGCUUUCGCUUUCGCAGAUUGAUUGUUGGAGAGAAUUCAGAGGCAAGUGUUGUUAAUGGCAGAACGUGGGUUUCUCUUGGCUUCACUUCUUCUCUUCUGUUGCUUGGCAGGAACUUGUUAUGGAAUUGUUCUCUUCUCUUCUCUGCCAAGAACCCUUGUAGUCACCGCUUCACCCAGUCAAGGACAAGUUCUGGUUGGUGGUGAAGAUAAAAUUACUGUAACAUGGGGUGUGAACCAGAGCCUACCAGCUGGGACUGACUCUGCCUACAAGACCAUAAAAGUGAAGUUUUGCUACGCGCCCAUCAGCCAGGUCGACCGCACGUGGAGGAAGACGGUGGACAACAUAGGCAAGGACAAGACCUGCCAGUUCCAGAUCGUUGCUAAACCCUACGAUGCGUCGAACAAAACGGUCCAGAGCUUCGAGUUGACCGUGGAGCGUGACGUGCCCUCUGCCACGUACUUCGUACGCGCCUAUGCUUACAACUCUGAGAAUGUUGAGGUGGGUUAUGGUCAAACGACUGACGCCCACAAGACCACCAACUUGUUCGAGGUCCAGUCAAUCACUGGACGCCACGUGUCGCUCGAUAUUGCCGCGGUUUGCUUCAGCGCUUUCUCGGUUGUGUCCUUGCUUGGGUUCUUUGUUGCUGAGAAGAGAAGGGCAAAACGGUCUCAGUAGAAUUGAAAGAGAAAUGUGCUUUGGCCCUGGCCCGUAGUCAAAUUAUAGCAGUAGUUUGUACGGUGUCGUAUUUGUUUUCCUAAAUGGAACUAUGGGGUGUGGGUUUGGGGAAGGCUUUAUCUAGGGUUUGUAAUAAUUGGUAGUUGAAACAUUAUCAUAUGGACAUGUUUGGCCAACAUGAUCAAAGUAGUGGCUAGAAUAUGUUAUGUCUUGCUUAUUUGGAUGAAAUAUUGAUAAACUUAUAACUUUUUUACA